AGUAACGUUUUGAGUUUCAUUUCGAAUCACCAACUUAGAAAAGAAAAAAAUCUUCAAAAUGAGUCGACUCGUAUUUUGUGCUUAUUCAACCUUUAUUAUUAGCAUUAUCAUUCAAGCAGCAAGUUUGAUUGAUAAAUGUCCUUCUGUGACAGAUUUCCCAUCAACAGAAUUGAGAAGUUUCAGCGAAGAAGAUUUCGCAUGGCAAUAUCAAAAAAGUCUUGUGAUUGCUUUUGACACGACAGGCUCAAUGGAAGAUGAUUUAGAACAAUUGAGAGAAGCUGCGAUUGUAAUCGUUAAUGAACUAUCUGAAAGGGAAGACAAUGUCAUUGAGAAUUAUAUUCUGUCAUUGUUCAAUGAUCCUUAUGUCGCAGAACCUUUUGUGACGACAGAUCCAUCAGAACUCAUUGCAAGAUUAAAUGAAGUGGUAGUGAACCCCCCCAACAGUGAUUGCCCUGAACCUGCCAUGCAAGGAAUGAAAAACGCUUUGGAAGUCGCUUAUCCGAAUUCUUUAGUUUUUGUUUUCACCGAUGCCAGUGCCAAAGAUUUUGAACUCUUCGAUGACGUUGCGGAUGUCGCAGAACCUUUUGUGACGACAGAUCCAUCAGAACUCAUUGCAAGAUUAAAUAAAGUGACAGUAAGUGGGGGUGGCGAUUGCCCCGAACUUGCUAUGCUUGGGAUUAAAAACGCCUUGGAAGUCGCUUAUCCGAAUUCUUUAGUUUUUGUUUUCACCGAUGCCAGUGCCAAAGAUUUUGAACUCUUCGAUGACGUUGCGGGUUUAAUUCAAUUGAAACAAAUUCGUGCAUAUUUUCUUUUGACUGGAAAUUGUGGAGAUUCAACAGCUCCAGGUUAUCAAGUGUUUGAGAGAAUUGCCCGUGUUAGUGAUGGACAAGUUUUCAACAUGAACAGAGAUGAAGUAAGAGACGUCAUGUUGGCAAUUCGAUUUGUUUUGGAUCCUGGUUUCGUGUCGUUAUUCUCAUUAGACUUUGAAGAAGCUGGUUCAAAUUCCACUGACAUUGCAAUCGAUCCAAGCUUCACAAGUGUCAGUGUGGCAUUGUCAGGCAUGAUGGCAGAUUUGACAGUCAGAGAUGCAUCGGGCGACAUUCCCAGUGGAGAACUUUUCUCUGCAACUAACAUCAAAAUUAUGACAAUUCCGGCUUCCAACACUGUUUUAACAGUUGAAGCAUCAGCUGAGUCUGCUUAUUCAAUUCGAAUCACUGGCAUUAGUGCGAUCCAAUUUCGUUUUGGAUUCAGUUCAUCAACGCCAAGAAACUUAAAUGAAACACAAAUUUUGCCAUUAAGAUCGCAGCCAAAUAUUUUAUCAAUUUUCGCUUCUAAUCCUUUGUUGAUAAACUGCAUGUUCCAAGUGAGUUUCAUACCGGUCGAUGACGACUUUCAAGUCAUUGAUAUGGAAUUAAAGAGAACAAGUAGCGACGUGUAUUCAACGAAUGUUAUAAAUAUUCCAAGUAGACCAUUCAAGAUAAUGGCGUACGGAGUAGAUACAGAAGGGAACGAGAUCAGCCGAUUAUUGUCGACAGGAAUUGGCAUCACAACCGUUGUUGUUUCUUGUUCAACCAAAUGUGCAAUAGACGGCACAGGCUUUGUUCCAUUCAAGUACGAUUGCUCGAGAUAUUACGUAUGCAUCAAGGGAGUCCAGCAUGCCAGAUCAUGUCCAAUUGGUGAAGCGUUCGAUGUUUCUACGUCAUCAUGUGUCAGUUCUACUGGUGUUCGUUGUUUCAGAGAUUCAUGUCUUGAUUAAUAAUUUCAAGAAUUUAAAAUAAAAAUGAAAUCAAAGUGAAAUUAAUUUUUUGUUCGCUAAACUCGAGAUUCAUUUUCACAAACAGCUUCGGUUAAAAGAUCCAACAAAAUUUCUAUUUUAGCGUUUAACAUGAUAUUUUGUUCUUGUAACUUUUGAUUCUUUUUCAGAGUUUUUGUAACAUCAUCCAA